AUGGAUUUGUAUGAUGAUCCUACGCAGUACAGGAGUCUGGCUGAAACACUGCAGUACCUGAUAGUCACACGUCCUGAUCUAUCCUUUGCAGUUAAUCAACUCUGCCAACAAAUGCAUGCUCCUACAAUUUCACAUUGGGAACAACUGAAACGAGUUUUGAGACAUGUUAAUGGAACUCUUACCUUUGGUGUACGAAUAAGGAACUCAAUGUCUAAAGAGAUACAUGCAUUCUCUGACUCUGAUUGGGUUGGGUGUCCUGAAGAUCGUAAAUCUACUAGUGGCUAUGAUGUGUUUCUUGGGACAAAUCUUGUGUCUUGGGUUUGCAAGAAACAAAGAACCGUUGCUAGAUCUUCUACAGAGGCAGAAUAUAAAGCUUUGGCAGAUGUUUGUGCUGAAGUGAUAUGGAUUAUUUCGCUACUACAUGAGAUCAAAGUUCCAGGUAUUUCUGUUCCAAAAUUGUGGUGUGAUAAUCUAGGUGCUACAUAUAUGUGUUCAAAUCAUAUCUUUCAUGUUUUCGCACCAAACACGUAG